AUGAACGCACUGGGACUAACGCUUGGACCUAAUGCCCAUGCUUACGUCGAAAAAGAGGACGCAGAGCGCAUCUCCAUCGCUAACGCAAGAGCGGAAGGGUGCACGAGCGAGGAAAGAAUGUCACAACGCUCUAAGGCGGCAGCAAUAUUUGGUAAAAAGAAAGAAGGAUUUAAUAGUUUGAGAAUGGCAGCAAUCUAA